AUGGGGAAUGGCUUGUGUGCGUCAAAAGCUGAUGUGGUGGACUUCACACCUGUGCACGAGAGCUUCUUCCCAAUGUACGUUGUGAAGGUGUCCGACUUCUUGGAAAUGGAAGGUGUGCCCGAGCCUCACAGCGUCCUUCUCUCCGGGGGGCUACUGCAUCAGUGGAGUCCCGGUAUGUUUGUUCUAUUUGUAAGCCAUCAGUGGUUGGGAGCCACGCAUCCCGACCCGCACGGACAGCAAGCUGCAAUCCUGCGACACACGCUGCAUGGGAUAAUCAGCGGGUCCUUGCACGUCGAGGAAGACUUGAUAUCCAUGCCAAUGGGAAAAGAAAUGUCGCCGCAGACACGAAAGCAGAUUGCAAGUGGGUACUUGUUCCUGGAUUGGUUUGCGAUCCCACAGAUAACGGCUAGGCAGGCAGGUGUGAAUGAGGACGUGACAAGGACAGAUGCUGCUUUGGCCGUGAAAAGUAUACCGUCCUAUGUGGAGCUUUGUAACCUUUUCGUGGCUCUGGUGCCGGAGCUCCUGCACACGGACACCAAAGUGCUCUGCAACUACACAUCCUGGCUGUCGCGAGGUUGGUGUAGGGCCGAAUGGUGGUGUCACCUGCUCUCCAACAAAGCGGACUCCAGCGUGAUCGUGGUCUACUCACCACGAGAAGCGGAGUUCAUGUUCCCUCUGAACUGGCAGCAGCACCUAGUCCGCGAGGGCAACUUCACCGUAGAGAGCGACCGCGAGACGGUGGUGAAGCUUGGGGAGGUGGCCCUGGACAGCAAAAUCCAGCACCUGGCAGCAGCCGGACCGCUGAGUCUCUACCGCUACUACCUGGCGCAUCGCCCAAAGUUGUUGGGUCAGCAGAAACAGACCUUCGAGGUGGACGACCUCCUCGAGAUGUUUCGCUACGAGAGCCUGCAGGAUGCCGUCAACGACGAGAGCAGUGUCAAUGCUCUCCUUUGUGCUAUUUUUGCCGGAGACGUGCGGAUGGUGAAACUGCUCGUGGAGCACAAGGCAGAUGUGAAUCGUAGACUGAUGGGCCUAAAUUCGCUGGGCUACUCCGACACUCAGACGAUGCUUAUGGCCGCCAUCAAGUCGCAUCAAGAUCCAGAAAUGUUGUCGGCUCUCAUUGAGCUUCGUGCUGAUGUGCAAGCAACGACAAGGGUGGGACUGGGAUGUGCAUACUUGGUGCGGGCGCCGGGUCAGCUUAAAGUUCUUAUUGAAGCCAAGGCCGAUCUUCAUACGUCACAUCUACCUAUGGGGCUAAGCCCACUCUGCGGUGCUGCAGUGUGGUCUUGCCCAGAGACCGUCGCGGAAAUGCUGCACGCACGCUGCGACCCUAAUCCGAAGCCAACUGGCGCAGGCUACUUUCCCCUGCAUGCAGUUGCACUGCUGUCUCGAGGCAGAGCCUGUGCAGUGGAUGUUGCGAGGGUGCUACUGGAGGGCCGCGCAGAUCCGAACGCCCGAUCUCUUCCCGAAAGCAAGUUGUUGUUUGCAGCCCGAUUAGCGGGCAUGUACUCGAAAAUAUUCGGCUUCGCAUCCUGCUCGAUCGCCACAAAGACUUUGGCGAGCUUGCCUGGUCUGACUCCACUUGGCGCAGCUGCGUUGGUUGGGGAUGAUGCAUUAUGCAGAACGUACCUGGGGUACGGAGCGGAGAACAUUGCUAACGACAGAGGCGAUUUGCCAGAAGACCUGGCGCUUGCAAAUGCGCAUGACCGUCUGCUGCCCAUGCUAUCAACGUUUGCCGUGUAG